AAAAGAACAUCACAUAGUAAACUAUUAAUUAGAAACAUAAUACUCCUAACGCCAAUGGUAAUAAUAGGAUAUAUAUCAAUGCACGUCACUACGAUGAUACAAUUGACAUUUAAUAACUGGUUUCUGGUUAAGACCAAGACAUAUGCAGGUGUAGUGCCAUUCAUCGAAGAUAAAAAAGAAAAUAUACCAAAAAUAUACCACAAAAUGAGUUAUAUAGUAUACAUAUUAAACAAAAAAUAAUGAAAAAUAAGAGAAAAAUAGAGAAAAAACAUAAAGAGAUUAAAUAGAAAGACAAUAUAUUCAAACAAAAGAGACAGGAAGAGUUUUUUGAAGGAAUUUUGAAAUGGAAAGGAUAAGAUAAAAACGUCAUUAAUCACUGUUGCAUGCCUGCCAAAAAUUGGAACAAUAAUGCUAAACACAACAAUUACCAUAUCAACGGACACUAAUAACACAACAAAUCUUACACACAAUGUCCAAGACAACCAAGGCAAGGUGGCAUAUUAUUUCCGCAGUAUGGUAGGAUUCAUGAUUGUCAUACUACAUAUACUCAUUAUAAUAACAAUUGUGAAAACGAAACAAUUACAAACAGUUUCAAAUUAUUUCAAAUGUGGUCUGUCUUUAGGAGGGAUUGUAAUGGGACUGUCAGCUAUUGUACAGGGAGUAUUGGGAAUAAGUAACAAGCUGGACAAUCCAUCAGCAUGUAUGACAAUACUGAUGUUUCUGAUUAUUUCAACAGGAGUGACAAUGUCGAGUGUAUUACUUUUAUAUGUUGAGGCUUUUCUGGUAGCGCGAUACACACUCAUCAACAGGAACUUCUUCUCAAAGAGAUGCGGUGCAGGACUACUGGGGGUGACAUGGAUAAUGUGGAUGCUGUUUGCAUUGUUGGGAUUUGGAACGCGACAGCCAAACAUGAAAGGAACUGUUUGCCAAGUUAACAAUGGGCAACUUCAUAGAAAUUACCUUCUCAUUGUAGGUGUUGUUUUCGUGGCCCAUAUUCUUAUUCUCAUUCUACUGCAAAUUGGGGUUUAUCUGAGGAUCAAAGUUCAUAUUACCAAAUUCCAGGAAAAUGAAAAUGUAGUUCUCCAAUCAUCGAAGCCUCAAAGUUGUACAACUGAAACUCAAAGACCCUUUGAAUUACCUGAUAUGGGUGACAAUGCCAUGGGUUCAUCAACCCCUUCAAAAUUAAAUGCCAAAUGCUCCAGUUUUUAUGCCACUCAAAAGCAAUCAUUUUCUAAGAGGGGCAAAUAUGAGAACCGUGUUGCAGAACCUAGCGUUUUAAACUUUGAACAUGAGGAAACUGUUGCAAAACUUAGUUCCCUUAACUCUGAACAAGAGAAAACUCUUGCAAAACAAAGCCAGGAGGACAGUGUUGCAGAACUGAGCACUUCUAACUUUGAUCAUGAGGACGCUGUUGCAGAACUAAAUAUUCUUGACUUUCAACAUGAGGAAACUGUUGCAGAAACAAGCAUUUUUAACUCCAAAAAUGAGGAAACUGUUGCACAAUCUAGAAUUCUUAACUUUAAAAAUGAUAAAACUGUUGCAGGACCUAGCACUCUUAACUCUAAACAUGAGGAAACUGUUGCAGGUCCAAGCACUUUUAACUCUAAACAUGAGGAAAUUGUUGCAGGUCCAAGCACUUUUAACUCUAAACAUGAGGAAACUGUUGCAGGUCCAAGCACUUUUAACUCUAAACAUGAGGAAACUGUUGCAGGUCCAAGCACUUUUAACUCUAAACAUGAGGAAAUUGUUGCAGGUCCAAGCACUUUUGACUCUAAACAUGAGGAAAUUGUGACAGGUCCUAGCACUUUUAAUUCUAAACAUGAGGAAAUUGUUGCAGGUUCUAGCACUUUUAACUCUAAACAUGAGGAAAUUGUUGCAGGUCCAAGCACUUUUAACUCUAAACAUGAGGAAAUUGUGACAGGACCUAGCACUCUUAAUUCUAAAUAUGAGGAAACUGUUGCAGGUUCUAGCACUUUUAACUCUAAACGUGAGGAAACUGUUGCAGGACCUAGGACUCUUAACUUUAAACAUGAUAAAACAUUUACAGGGUCUAGCAUUCAUAACUCUAAAAAUGAGGAACCUGUUGCAGAACCUAGCAGUCACAACCCUGAACACAUAGCCCAAAAGGGACAAGGUAACAAAAUUGUACCUAUAUGCGAUCUAAAUGCUCAAAAUAAGAGACGCACAUAUAAAAACUGGAUGCAUCAUAUCUCAAAACUUUGUCGUCAAAUAUGUGCCAUUCUUGUAGCAUUUAUUUUGUGUUUCACCCCCUACACUAUAACAAACUUUAUCUCAAUUUCAUCAGA